AUGCGUCGUGCCCUGCAUUCACACGCGUUUAAGCGCUUUACACACCACACGCAGCAGUCAGUGGCAUCUCCCGUAGCUUCGCGCAUUAAUUUUCAAUCCCAUGCAUUGAUCCGGCCGACGCAAAUGCUUCGCGUGUUUUCCACAGUUGCACCCAAAUCUUUAACGGAAGAUGCAAUUGUUCCUAUGUCAGUAGUAGACGAAGCUUCGACCGAAGAGAGUGACCAGAGUGACAUUGGACGCAAACUAAAGCCUCGUGAGGUCGUAGAGCAGCUGAAUAAGUACAUUGUAGGCCAGGCUGAUGCUAAGCGUGCCGUGGCCAUUGCGCUGCGAAACCGAUGGCGUCGUCAGAAGAUUUCAGAUGAGUUGCGCCAGGAGAUCAGCCCAAAAAAUAUUCUGAUGAUUGGUCCCACGGGCUGCGGCAAAACAGAGAUAGCGCGCCGACUGGCUAAGCUGUCUGAGGCUCCUUUUGUUAAGGUAGAGGCUACUAAAUUUACGGAGGUGGGCUUUCACGGCCGCGACGUCGACCAAAUCAUUCGCGACCUCGUGGAAAAUGCCAUUAAUAUGGUAAAAAAAAAUCGCAAGGAGAAAAUGCGUAAGCAAGUGCAGCACCUUGUGGAAAAUCGUAUUUUGGACGUGCUCACGGGAGCAAACGUGGCUGAACGCUCGCGUGCCACUUUUGAGCGUCUUUUGCGUACUGGAGAACUCGAAGACCGUAUGAUUGAGUUCGACGUUCCCGUAUCCAAAAAUCCAAGCGCUCAACCAAUCUCAAUUGUUGGUGGUGAAGGGAAGGGCAUACCAAUGGAAGUAUUCGGCCGAGCUUUUGGAGAGAAAAGGAUGGAACGAAAACGCAUGACAAUUGCCGAGUCCCGUGGAGUGUUUGAGGAGAUGGAGAUGGAGAAUGCUAUCGAUAUGACGGAUGUCGUGCGGGAAGCGAUCCAUGAAUCUGAGGAAAAUGGCAUUGUGUUUAUUGAUGAAAUCGAUAAAAUUUGCUCUAGUGGAGACUUUCGUCGCUCUUCUGAUCCAAGCAGCGAAGGCGUACAGCGUGACUUGCUACCUUUAAUUGAAGGCAGCGUCAUCUCUACAAAACAUGGAAAUGUGAACACCGACCACAUUUUGUUCAUUGGCUCGGGCGCGUUUCAUUCUUCAAAGCCAUCGGAUUUGCUUGCUGAGCUGCAAGGUCGUUUACCCAUUCGUGUGGAGCUCAAAGGUCUUACCGAGGAAGACCUGCACCGUAUUCUAACAGAACCAGUGACAAACCUAAUUAAGCAACAGAUUGAGCUUAUUUCGACGGAAGGCGUCGUGUUGAGCUUUACAGAUGAUGCUAUACGCGAGAUUGCCCGUGUUGCUAAUGAAAUUAAUCAGACUGUCGAAAACAUUGGCGCUCGACGUCUGCAUACUGUAAUGGAAAAAGUGGUGGAAGAUAUAAGCUUUGACAGCUCCGAGAUGGCACCGGGCUCUAUUGUUACGAUUACAAAAGACUUUGUGCUCGAGCGGGUUGGCAAGCUCAUGAAGACAACGGACCUCUCUAAGUUUAUUUUGUAG